AUGAACUCCAUCAAGUUAAUUGUCAAUUCAUUUGACAAUAUACUACCCGGAAAGGGUUAUGAUAUUCCUCCCGUUGGUGAUGACGAGCGACUGGGGAAGGAAGAGAGAGAAGAACAAGAUUUGAUGACAACCGAGAACGACAUUAUUGAGUUGAAAACUUCAAAGACGAUUAGAGGGCCAUGUACGCUUCCUUCUACUAAAGAAGAAACCCUUUUGGAGGAUUUGGAUGAAGAAAUGGAGGACAAUGACGGAUUGGAAGAUGUAGAGGAAGAAGAGGAGGAGGAGGAGCUCGACGAACUCGAUGGCAACGAGGAAUUUAAUCUUACAAUAGAGUCGGAAAAACCAGUUCAGGAGUCACCAUCAACGACCCCUAAACACUCGCUGAUUGUCAUUUUCUUUCUUCAAAUUGGUAAAGUGUUAUAUUUUUUCCCCAGCUACCUCAUUGUCAAGCCGUUGUCAAUCUUGAUCAACCUCAUUAUCUUCCCAUUUGUCUUGAUCAAGUCAUCAUUGGGAUUUGGUCCCAAAAAGUCAAAGUGCAAACAACCAUAUGGAGACAAGGUCGAUCUGUUUGAAAGCAAUGAUGAUGAUUCAAUUGUCACACGGGCACCUCCGACACCACGACCCGCCAAGUCUAAAGCCAAAUUAACACAAUUAGAGUCUGAUGCUGAUGAGUAUGAUGACGCAAAGGCAGAAAAAAUCAAACAAGAUAACCUACUAGCGAACGAAGUUAAGUCGCCUUCGUCGUUUUCCAAAUAUAUGAUUCCCCCACCACAACGUCUAUACCCCUUAUCGAGGAAUCCACAGCGCAAACGAAAGAAAAAAGUACUCAUACUAGACCUAGAUGAAACUUUAAUUCAUUCACUUUCUAGAGGUGGUCCAAGAACUUUUAAUCCUGCAUCCAAAUCCAAAAUGAUUGAAAUCAAGUUAAACAACGUAUCGUCGCUAUAUUAUGUUCAUAAACGACCUUAUUGUGAUUACUUUCUUACCCAAAUUAGUCAAUGGUUUGAAUUGCAAAUAUUCACUGCCAGUGUCAAAGAAUACGCCGAUCCAAUAAUUGAUUGGCUAGAGGAGGAGAUCAUUGAUUCUUUGAAGAAAAAAGGCAAACAGCACAAGAUUCAAUCAAGUUCAGACUAUAUCAAGCCUCACAUUUUCACCAAGAGGUAUUAUCGUUCAGAUUGUACUUAUCGACCCGGUGUAGGGUACAUCAAGGACUUGUCAAGGUAUCUACGUGACGAUGAAUUGAAGAAUGUCAUGAUUUUGGAUAAUUCUCCCAUAAGUUAUGCUAUGCAUGAAGAUAAUGCUAUUGGAAUUGAAGGAUGGAUUAAUGACUCUAAUGAUAGGGAUUUAUUGAACUUGUUGCCAUUAUUGAAGAGUUUAAGUUUGUGCAUUGAUGUUCGGUUCAUUUUGGGAUUGAAAAAUGGAGAAAAGUUGUUUGAAAUGUGA